AUGAUGUAAUAUUAAAAUCACAACAACGCUCACUGAUUGCUAACCAAUACAUCGUUUUGGACUCUGGAAACGGCUAACACCUCUCUCUCUCUCUUCAAAACUACUCUCUUCCUUCCCAGGAAUCUCUGCCACAUAACACAUAACUGACCCAAGAGCUGCCUCUGAAUCUGAGCUUCAGUCUCAUUAAAAGGUUGUGGCUCUUUGCUCAUAUUUAAAGAAUCUAGCUUCUUACCCAAAUGGAGACCGACCGUCCAACAGAACGGUACAAUUGAGCUUUAUGCAUUUAAUAAAAGGGUGACCUCCAACAGUUGGGAAGCUUUUUUACAAUUACAAAGUUUGACUGCUCAUUAUUCUGAUCACUUUCUCUCAACUGAGUAUAUACAUUUCUUUUAGAUGCAAACGUCUCAGAAACACCCAACUUCAGCUGGUAUCCAUUUAUACCACCAGCCAGUGCAAGGCAUUGAUCCCUACACUCAUUACCAAAUAUUACAAAGCAAUUCAUGCCAUGAUAUCCAUGAGAGUGGCAGUCAGGGAACCAAUAUUUCUUUUGAAGCAUGCAAGGAGCAAUACUUUACCCUGGAAUCAUCUCCACCAAACACAGGUUUCAUAGGUUGUGAUUCUCCUUCUUGUGCAAGCGUAUCAUCCAAUAGGAGUACUUUUUCUCCACAAGCUUCUCAGUCUUACCAUUCAGAUCAACAUCAUUCAUCUGACAACACCUAUGGAUCACCAACAAGUGUACACUCCAGUGCGGAUGAUAGCUAUGAAUUGAAGCACAAACUUAGAGAACUAGAGAUUUCAUUGUUGGGGCCUGAAUCAGAUAUUGUUGACAGUUGUCACUGCCGCUUUGAAGGUGGUCUUAAAGGAGCAUCUCCAUCAGCUAAAUACAAUUGGGAUCAUAUUGCAGAAAUGAUUCCAAAGUUAGACUUGAACGAAGUCCUCAUUCGAUGUGCACAAGCUGUGUCUGAUGAUGAUAUUGAAACUGCUGUAGGCUUGAUGAAUAAUGUAUUGGCAAAGAUGGUAUCCGUUGGGGGUGAUCCAAUUCAAAGGUUAGGUGCUUACAUGUUGGAGGGUCUAAGAGCAAGGUUAGAAUCAUCAGGGAGUCUAAUCUACAAAGCCUUGAGAUGUGAACAACCAGCAAGCAAAGAUCUAAUGAGUUACAUGCACAUCCUGUAUCAAAUUUGCCCAUAUUGGAAGUUUGCUUACAUAUCUGCAAAUGUUAUCAUUGGAGAAGCAAUGCAAAAUGAAUCAAGAAUUAACAUAAUUGACUUCCAAAUUGCACAGGGAACACAAUGGUUGUUACUUAUCCAGGCUCUAGCAAGUCGUCCUGGUGGGCCUCCAUUCAUUCGAAUAACUGGUGUUGAUGAUUCACAAUCAUAUCAUGCCAGGGGUGGAGGACUUCACAUAGUAGGAAAGCGCCUCUCAGAUUAUGCCAAGUCCUGUAAAGUGCCAUUUGAGUUUCACAGUGUUGCCAUGUCUGGCUCUGAGGUUGAACUAGAAAACCUAAUGGUUCAACCCGGUGAAGCUCUUGCUGUAAAUUUCCCUUUUGUUUUGCAUCACAUGCCAGAUGAGAGUGUGAGCACAGAGAACCAUAGAGACAGGCUAUUGAGAUUGGUGAAGAGCUUGUCGCCCAAAGUCGUGACCCUUGUUGAGCAAGAAUCCAACACCAACACUUCUCCAUUUUUCCAAAGGUUUGUUGAGACCUUGAACUAUUACACUGCUAUGUUUGAGUCAAUAGAUGUGGCCCUCCCAAGAGAUGAUAAACAAAGGAUUAGUGCAGAACAACAUUGUGUGGCUCGUGACAUUGUUAACAUGAUAGCUUGUGAGGGACCAGAGAGGGUGGAAAGGCAUGAACUCUUGGGAAAGUGGAGGUCAAGAUUUUCAAUGGCUGGUUUUUUACCAUGCCCUUUGAGUUCCUCAGUGACUGCUGCAGUUAGAAAUAUGUUGAAUGAAUUCAAUGAAAAUUUUAGGCUUGAGCAAAGAGAUGGUGCUCUGUAUCUAGCUUGGAAGAAGAGAUUUAUGUGCACCUCUUCUGCUUGGAGAUGUUACUGAGUGUAUGUAUAUUUCUUUUUGGACCUUCAGAAAUAAUUCAGUCAUUUCCGCAGUAUCUUAACAGGACUAGAGCCUAGAGACUUAGCUCUGUUCCAUGCUGAAUCUUUAAACUUGUUGUAAUGUACAUGUCAAUACUAGAAUGAAAGAAAAAGAAUCCUCAUAGUUACGUGCCACUUUUGCAGUCUUUAUAUAAUAUAGUAAUUACUUGGUGAUGAUCUGACUACA